CACCAACGUCAACGUCAACAACAACAACGCCAUUUUGACAACACCAACAAACCUUUCCACCUCCAACAUUUCCCGUCUGUCCUCAGACUCCCCUCUCUCUUAUCUAUCCAUCCACCUCACCUCAUCCCCAACCACCACGUCGCCAUCGAAUGACCACAAAAACCAGACUUUGCGAGCGCCGUAUCGUCUUUUCAAUUCAACAGCGCGCGGUGCCGGAGAGUUGACAACAUGUCGACUCGACGCACCAGAAACAACCCUUCGCCCAGUGGGCUGCGGUCUCUGCCAUAUGGACCGGUAGAGGAUGGCAGGAAGAAGAAACCAGCCCGUAAGGCAAAGACUGUAACUCCCGUGGCUGCUCCCACUGCCGCGCACCUUGAUGAGGGCAGUACAUCGCGGUCUGCCUCUCCUCAGCUUAUGGAGUCGCAUUCCGACUCUCCUCCCCCCGUCGCAGAGUCGCGAUCAACUUCUCCCCCCACCUACCAGCCGCCCACAUCCCAAACUCCCAAUAUCUCCACAACGGACCAACAACCAGACCCCAAGCCUUCAAAGAAGGCCCCUACCAAGAAGCGCCUUCGUGCCACCAAGAAAGGUAACGCGGGCCGCCCAGCAAAGCGCGUCUUGAGAUCAAGACGAAAUAACGCGCCAGCUGAGGACCAGCAAGAAGAAGAUGAUGAUGCUUCUGACGCCGAUGAUGAUGGCGACGAGGCGCACAACUCCCCACAACCAAAGCCAAUCGUGCUCUCUAUUCCCGCAUCUUACCCUGAGGAACAUACCUCCGAAGAGGAGACUGUCGCACCGCGACUUGAAGAGACUCAGAAAUCUCCAGGCGCGUCUCUUCGCGAGAGACGUUUCCUUACCCCAAAGCCUAACCGACCAAAGGCUGCAAAGCAAGCGGUGCCCAAUACUGUCCACUCUAUGAGCCUUGUGCCAAGGGAUAGCGAGCCCGUUCCUGCAGCUAUGAAGAGUAGAGCAGCUCUCUUCGAAGAGAUAUUCGGCGAAAAGAUGCCAAAGCACAACAGGCCCGGAUUGCGCAAUAUCAUGAAGCAAGGCGCAGAUUACUUUGGCCCAAGACGCGCUACUGAGACGGAGUACAUUGAUCCAGAAGAAGGAUCCGAUGGCGAAUUCGAUUUUCUUGAUGCUCCAGCCUUCACCAAAUCUCAAAUGGCCAAAUUGAAAAAUGUUCCAAAGACCUUCCGUCGGGACCAAAUUCCAUUUGAAUUACCCCAGUUCACGGACAACCACGAGAGUCGACGCAAGCUAGCACGAGCCUCAAAACCUCGCCCCAAUGCUGCGCGCUCUCUCGCCGCGUGGGCUGAGCGUGACGAAACACGUCGAGUUCCAACAGCGGAGCAGAUGGAGGCGCUUCUUGAUGCCUUUCAUGCUCAGGAGUCGGCCAAAGUCGCAGCACCAUCCACCCCAGCACCAUCUACCCCCCCAGCGCUUCCUCAACCUUCAGCUGAACUCAACCCUGUACCUGUAUCAUCCCACGAGGACGAUGCUCAACAUGAAGCUCUUGAAGCUGAGUCAGAUUCUUCAGAGCACGAGUUAGAUGAAAUGUCCGGUGCCCUCGGAGUUCCAGAGGAUCCAAGUGAAGUACAAUCCGAGAUCCAAGAACCCCAGACCCCGGCCAAUCAAACGGUACCACAACUGCAGCAGUCUCGCGGUUUUUGGAGUGGUGUAUCGGCUGUGAAGAGCAUGUUGGCAACUCCUUUUCAGUUCCUUGGUUCUCGCAAUCAACAGGAUGGCCAAGCCGCUGCUACUAAUGGCGAUUCAGUUACGGGUGCAUCUACUUUUACACAACCCCGAAACAAUUCUGGUUCGAUCAACUCUACUAACGGCCCUACUACACCAACGCGACCUGGUCUUCGCCGUAAGAAGACUUCGCAAUCGGAACGUAAGAGUCGUGCUCCAUCAACACAUAGUAAGCACCCACAGACCGAGCGGCGUCGACGUCUCCGCGAGGAGCCCAAGCCACCCAUUCACCUACGAGGUCUCUUAUCUCCAACGAGAAUUGCAGAGAUUCAUCGCGAGCAAGACCGCUUGGCCGAAGAGAGAAAUAAGAAGCGCCAGGCUCAUGCGGCUCGUGUCGAAGAUGAAGAGGAAGCAAUCCUUGCAACCCCGUCGACGAAUCCUGCCCGAGCUGGAGAGAAACGCAAGCGACGAACUCCUCCGCCACCUGGCACCUUCCGUGUCCCCAGUCCAGGAAGUUCCGAUGAUUCGGAUGAAGAUGAAGUAAUUGGUAGCCGUCCAGCACGUACUGGAGAGACUUCCGCUGCCGACAUGCGCCAAGUACCGUUUGAGGAAUGCCCUACCUCCUUUUUCGAUCGGCCCCUUGCCAAGCCCGCUCCUCUCGAACAAAGCUUCUUCGAUACCCCCCCUGGUUAUGACGACCGUUCUAACCCCUUCCUCAAAUCCCCAACUCCUUCCUCCAAUCGGUCUAGCACCUUCCAGUCCUUCAAGACUCCCGGUUAUGAUGGUAGCGACAGUGAUGAUGACGAUGAUGGCGCCGAUGAUCAUGGAGCAAAGAAGAGCAACGAGAGAGAGCAGAAUGAGAGAGAGCAGAACAUGAACCAGACUUCCGAGUCUUCCGUUUUACAACCAAAGCAAUGGACGCAGACUCCGCCGCCAAAGCCACGACCAGGCAACGCUCUGCUUCCGGCCACCGCUCAGCAGUUGUCGGCAGCAGAACUGGCUAAGGCCAAGGCCGAGAAGUUCAAACCAAAACAACCGAGCGGACUCCGAAAUGUCACACAGAUGUCGCCGAUGCAAAUGGAUAAGGAGAACAUAAAGGUCAUGGAUUCAUUCACCUCUCACCCGAACUUCGAUAAAAUCCUAGCAGACUCCGGCGUAGAUAGGCAGGAGUGGGAUGAUGUGAGCAGGAGAUGUGAUUUGAUGCAUCAGCGGCUCGACCCGGAGGUUAAAGCAUACGUCAAUAACAUUCCCGACCACGAGAUCGCAAAGUAUCCACUGCCACCUUAUCUCAGUGACGCGCUAGAGCGUGCAAAAGGCAAACAGUCGGACGUGGACAUGGAGGUCGAAAAGUACUUUACUUAAUUGGAAGGAAUGAUAAUGGGAAUGAAUGCGUGUCAUGGGUAAAUGGAUGGAGUGCAUGUCAAUUUUGUAGAGUCUCUUUUCUCUUCUUCUUUUUUUGCUUGUUGUGUGUUACUACUAUUACGAUAACGAAGCGCCGGAGUUUGGGGGAGUGAUCUGGCUUCGGUGGAUUGAUCUGGUUUUAUCCUGGGUCGUGGUUUUUUCUGGAUCGUGGUUUUUGGUGGGCUGUGGCUCUGGUGGAUUGGGAAUUAAGGGGCCGCUGAGUCUCCCUGGAAUUGAGCCGGUUUUGGAUAGAGCUCACCCUCGCGGGUUUGAGUCGUCUAGGACUGUUGUGCUCCUCUAGGUCUGGUUUUGGUGGAUUGGGAAUAAGGGGCCGCUGGGUCUCCCUGGAAUUGAGCCGGUCUUGGAUAGAGCUCACCCUCGCGGGUUUGAGUCGUCUAGGACUGUUGUGCUCCUCCGGGUAAGACCUGGCUGACCUCGCUGGUUGCGGCUUGG